AUAGAUAUUGUCCUUUCAUUAACAUGCUCCUAUAGUCAAUAUGACACACACUAUCAUGAAUCCCAACAAUUCACAUUUAGAUACCAAAAACUAUGUAUUGACCUAUUUGUUGGCAAAGACAUUAGCAGGACAAGAAAAAUUGACUCUAUUUACCUAUCUCAAUGAUUCUGUGCCUAAAAAGAUCAUGCAAGAUGUUGUCUUCCUACUGAAUCUCACUCAACAACUAAGUCAAGUCCCCUUAUGCAUCUUGAGAAAUGAAAAGCCUAUUCGAGCAAGGGACAAUAAGAAACUAACAGAGGCUAAAGAAAAGAACACACGCUUAAAAGAGUUACUCUUGAUUGAACAAGCGCAUGUCACGUAUUUACAAGUAGCCAUGGAUGAACUCAAGCAUCGUCCUUCCAUCAUAGAACAUGAACUCAAGGUCAAAUUGACGAACGAAAGAGCCCAAGUGGCUCUUUUACGAAACCAGAUGGAACAAUUAGAACAUGACUUACAGUUUGUACAACGGGAUAGAAUCCUCCUUCAACAGAAUCAUGAUGAACAGCUUGCCAGUCUACAGUCUGAAUUAGCAGCCAAGACAGCACAGUUAGAACAGGCACAGACACAGGGUGUGGACAGACAAGUGUUUGAACAAGAAAGACAGCAACUUGAAAAUGCAUACCAUGAAGCCAUUGAUAUGGGCAAUACUAAAAUCAAGGAAAUCAAAACAAAAUACAAGGAAAAAGCCAUGUUGAUGCAACAAGAAUGGGAGCAAAUGCAGAAAGAAUGGGAACAGAUGCAAAAAGAAGCUGAAGCUGAGAUUGAAAAACAUGUCUUGAGCGAACAAGAAUACAAACAAAAAUAUGAAGAGACCAAACUUGAAUUGGAACAGCAAAAGCAGAACAAUCAAGAAUACAACAAGACCUUGAUUGAACUGAAGGAAGACAUAAGAGAAGAAAUCGAACAAGAUUUGGUCGAGAAGUUUGAACAAGAAUUCGCAGCUGUGAUAGAACAAAGUAAGCAAAAGGUCAAUCAGGUCAAAUCAAAGUAUAAGCAAAUGAUGGAACAAGCUGGUAUGCCUCAUGAAGAUGAAAUACAUGCAUUAAAUAUGGCCAUUAAGCAACUCAAGGCACAAUUAAAGCAAGAGAAGGAAUUGAAUGCUGAAUUCAAAAAGUCCAAGCCAAGAAAGAAGCGAGUCAUGCAAGAAAGUGAUCAAGAAGAGUUUGACAUAGAACCCACCAAAGAUCAACACAAAAGAAAGAAAACAGAGGGUGUAAGAAGAAAAAGAGCAAAAGUAGACAACCCUAAACGACGCCCAGGACGACCCAAGAAACAGGAUUUGAGUGAGCCAGAUGAAACAACAGAUGCAAUCAAAGUGAUCGAUAAAUACCCAAUACCACAACAAUCUUCUUCAUCGCCAACUGUAGAAGAUUCAAUGACUGAACAACCCAUAUCAGAACCCUCUGUGAGUAGACAACAGCAGGAGAUGUCAGAACCCUCUAUGAGUCGACAACAAGAGGAGACAUCAGAACCUUCUAUGAGCGAACAGCAAGUAGAUAUUUUUAAACUGCCUAUGGAUAAAUCGCCAUCUAAACAAGUACAAAAACCAGCUAAAGAAGUACAGAAAUCAGCUAAAGAAGUACAGAAACCAGCUAAACAGCAAGUACAGAAACCAGCUAAAGAAGUACAGAAACCAGCUAAAUCCAAAAUGCAAAAACCACCUGAACCCAAAGUACAAAUUCAACUGGAAUCAAGAAAGAAAAACAAUUACCCCAUAGAAAUUCAUAGUGAAGAGGAUGUGUUGGAAACACAAACACCUUUACAGCCUACGCAAAUCAGUCUUGAUGAUGAUUUCGAACCACCACGCGUCAAUGCUACCCGACAACGAAACCCACCAAAAAAGAAAAAGAAGAUACAGCCAAUAAAGAAUGCUGAAGAUUCAUCAUCUGAAGGUGCCGUAUAAUUUGGGUGCGUCCGGUGUUUAACGAUUAGUUAAAAAACCACCGAGGUAUACAAUACAUUUGCACUGUUCUUUCGCAUCUUUCAACUUGUAACAUGUCAGCCCAUAUUAAUAAAAAUACAAUAAGCUACUUUAAAAAAGAAUUCCCUGACGGAAACCAUUGCGACACUUAUGUUAUUGAGUCAUAUGAUCAAAAAUUGACUGAUUUUUACUAAAUGUAAUCU